AAUACACACCACAAUUCUCUGUGUCACUCACUCCCCUCUGCUCGCCAUUCGUCCUGACUACGUUGAAACCGCACUUGGAAUUAUUUUUUGGGCUCCGUGAAAUCAGCAAUUCCUAUUCCCAACCUACUAUCCUAUUCUCUGAAGACCCGAGAGAAAAGUUUAGGAAAAAGAGAUAGCAAUGGCCUCUCCAGACGUCCCAAACGACUUGCCCGAAAUGGAAUACCGCUUCGUGGGACGCAGCGGUCUGCAAGUCUCCGCCAUCUCGCUCGGCGGCUGGCUCACGUACGGCGGGCAUGUCGGCGACGUCAAGACAUUCGCGUGCCUGAAAGCCGCCUUCGACGCGGGGAUCAACUUCUUCGACUGCGCGGAAGGAUAUGCGGGCGGCGAGUCGGAGAAGGUGAUGGGGCGGGCGAUUAAGCAUUUUGGCUGGAAGAGGAGCGACAUUGUUGUUUCUACCAAGAUAUACUGGGGCACGCACAACUCGGCCCUCGCCGCUCCACGCAAGAAGAUCAACCACCUCGGUCUCUCGCGCAAGCACCUGAUCGAGGGCACGCAAGCCUCGCUCGACCGGCUGCAACUAGACUACGUCGACAUCCUGUACGCGCACCGCCCAGACCGGCACACGCCCGUCGAGGAAACCGUGCGCGCCUUCAACUACCUCAUCGGCGCGGGGAAGUGCUUCUACUGGGGGACGUCGGAGUGGCUGGCCUCUGAGAUCGAGGAGGCGUGGGCCGUAGCCGACCGGCUGGGGCUUAUUGGCCCGGUUGUGGAGCAGCCGGGGUAUUCGCUGCUGAAGAGGGACAAGGUGGAUGAGGAGUUUAAGAAUGCGGGGUUGUAUGCACGGCGGGGACUAGGGUUGACAGUCUUCUCGCCGUUGGCGGGCGGACUGCUGACGGGGAAGUAUGUCGAUGGUGUGCCGGAGGAUUCGAGGUUGAAGCAGUCGGAUGAUCCGUAUAUUCAAUCUGUGGCGAAGACGAUUGGCAGCGAGCAGUGGAAUGCGCAGCAGAACAAAGUGAAGCAGUUGAUGGGGAUUGCGCAGAAGCUCGGCACCGAUGUCGCAACGCUGAGCAUGGCGUGGGUGCUGACCAAUAAGGACGUGUCGAGUGCGAUCACGGGAGCCUCCCGGCCGGAGCAGAUUUUCCAGACUGUGAGGGCGGUCGAUGUGAAGAACAAGUUGACGGGCGAGCUGCUGGAAGAGAUUGAGAAGGUUAUGGGGAACAAGCCGGCAGAGCUGAUGAAGAGGUUUGGAUAGAAAGGAGAAGAGGAAAGGUUCAUGAAGUAGUUGGUGGGGUAUCA